GAGAGGUCUCUGUUGGGCGAGGAUCCCGGAAAGGCCCGCCCAGAAUCGGGCCCCUGCACUCGUCCCCCGGCCAGGGGCGCAGGCGAAGUUGGGAGCGGGGCCUCCUGACCAGCUGGCGGCUCAGGCGGGCUGGGGGAAGAAGCCAUGCCUACUUGGGGGGCUGGCUCCCUGACCCCCGACCGCUUUACGGUGUCUGCGGAGGCAGAGGACAAGGUACGGGCGGAGCAGGCCCGUUUGGAACGCAUCUUCCGUGUGGGGGUGUGCAUCCUCCCCAGAGACUGCCGGGAGAACCCCCACAUUUGGCUGCAGCUGGAGGGCCCCAAGGAGAAUGUCGGCAGAGCCAAGGAGUACCUGAAGGGUCUCUGCAGCCCGGAACUGCAGAAUGAAAUCCACUACCCACCCAGACUGCAUUGCAUCUUCGUGGGAGCCCGGGGCUUUUUCCUUGACUGCCUGGCUUGGAGCACAUCAGCCCACCUGGUUCCUGGGGCUCCUGGCUCACUAAUGAUCAGUGGGCUAACUGAGGCCUUUGUCAUGGCUCAGAGUCGUGUAGAGGAGCUGGUGGACCGGCUGAGCUGGGACUUACGUCCAGGGUUGUACCCCACUACGGCUCAGUGUAGUGGAGUGCUAGGGGCCUUCCCUGCCCUGCUGCAGCCCCGGGAGGAUGCUUACACAGAGGCCCUGCUGCAGCUGCCCUCGGCUGUCCAGGAGGAACUGCUAAGUCUGGUGCAGGAGGCAUGGCCAUUGGAGCAGAGGAGCCCAUUGGGUGCUCUGCACCAGGAAGUCAGAGCUCCUCUGAGUGAAGGCCGGGAAUCUCUGGAUGCUGGAUAUGUAGGGCAGGGAGAGGCAAGGGGGGCAAGUGGAGUGAGUCAUACUGUGGAGAAGAAUAGAGGGCAGCAGGGUAGUUCCAGGGAGGUGGAUCUGGGGUGGAAAGAGGCCUGGGAGAAAGAAGUGACUUCGCAGACAGAGCCAGCAGGUGAUGAGAUAGUGGAGAUGGGGUGCCUGAAAGGAAUUGCCUUGGCCAGGGAGGAGGUGAUUCAGGGAGGAGGAGGAUUUAGUGUCCACAAUGAGCCUCCUGGUACUCAGGUCCCCUGUCAGAGGACAGCUCAUUCCAGGGGAGCCUCCCUCCUUCAGCGGCUCCACAAUGGGGAAGCCACACCUCCAAGAGUGCCUAGUCCCCCACCUGCACCUGAGCCUCCUUGGCCCUGUGGAGACCAGGGAGAUUUAGGGGACAGAGGAGACAAGCAGCAGGGUCGAGGUCGAGGAUCUUCAUGGAAACGAGGCACACGUGGAGGCAACUUGGUGACUGGCACUCAGCGUUUUCAAGAGGCCCUGCAGGAUCCUUUCACCCUGUGCCUUGCCAAUGUGCCUGGCCAGCCAGACCUCCGCCAUAUCGUCAUUGAUGGCAGCAAUGUGGCCAUGGUGCAUGGCCUCCAGCACUAUUUCUCGAGCCGGGGUAUUGCCAUUGCUGUGCAGUACUUCUGGGACCGUGGCCAUCGUGACAUAACCGUCUUUGUGCCUCAGUGGCGCUUUAGUAAGGAUGGCAAGGUCAGAGAGAUUCACUUCCUGCAAAAGCUGUACUCACUCAGCCUGCUUUCCCUCACCCCCUCACGAGUCAUGGAUGGCAAGAGGAUCUCCUCCUAUGAUGACAGGUUCAUGUUGAAGUUGGCUGAAGAAAGGAAUGGAAUCAUUGUCUCCAAUGACCAGUUCCGGGACCUGGCGGAGGAGUCUGACAAGUGGAUGGCAAUCAUCAGAGAGCGCCUGCUGCCCUUCACCUUUGUGGGAAACCUCUUCAUGGUCCCUGAUGACCCCCUGGGUCGAAAUGGGCCCACUCUGGAUGAAUUCCUGAAGAAGCCAGCCAGGAAACAGGUGUCUACCAAGGCUCAGCAUCCUUCCAAGGGCUUUGCAGGACAUGGGAAUCAGCAGCAGGGGAAGGAAGAAGAAAAAGUCAGCAGUGCCAUUCGGAAGACCCGGGAGACAGAGCGGCUCCGUCGCCAGCUGUUGGAGGUGUUUCGGGGUCAGGAUCACAAGGUGGAUUUCAUCCUGCAGCGGGAACCGUACUGCAGGGACAUUAACCAACUGUCAGAGGCCCUGCUGAGUCUCAACUUUUGAGCCUUACCUGCCUGUGUGACUGCUGCCCUGUUAGCUCCAGGCUUCCCUAGUCCAGCCCCACUUUUUUUUAAGGGUCCCUGUGCUGCUCGUACUCUGGCCUGGGAUCACUCUGAGUUGGUUCUUUGGGCCAGAGAAGAACCGGAAGAGCAUUCCAGUGAAGAGAAAGUUUUUGUCCGGUCAUUUUGGGGACAGAAAGUGACCUAAUCUCAAGUCAGAACAGCAACCAGCUUGCAAGAGGUUCUGCUCAUCCUUAACUUCCCAAUCUUGCUUUAACCAUCUUGCUUUCUGUAGGAAAGGGGCUGCUAGAAAGAGAAGUUGUGGAGACUGGAGAGUCUUGGUGCAGGCUGGAGUAACCCAGGGCUGGCAAAACAUCUGAGGCUUUCCUCCCCCUGCUUGCUGUUCUGACCAAAGGACUGGCUGAAAUUACAGGCUGGACUGUUCCCUGGGGGUAUCAGAAGGAAUGCUAGCCUCUUGAGGAGCUGUCCUGUUAGGUAGGCUGGGUAGCAGUGUGCUGAGGAAGGCAGAGGGUGGCUCGUUUCCAAUCUCAGCUAUGCCUGUCUGUGGCUUUGGUUGAGCUGCUUGGCCUUUACUUCUGCCAAUAAAUCAAGAGUAAAAGUGCCUGUUGGAGGGAGAAGUAGGAUCGUAGAGGAAAGGUGCUGGGACCAAGCCUCAGAUGUGGCUGCACAGGCUCCCUAACCAAAACUUUGCUCUCAGAGAGAUGUGGCUCAUUCAUGUUUAGGUUCCAAACCCUAGAUUUUAACACUGUGUCCUCAGAAUAACAUGCUGCAUAAUGGCUACAACCCUUUUGGGCAACUCUCAGUAUUCACAUUUAUGAAAUAGCUAAGUCAGGGGUGACUGCAUUAUCA